UCCAUUUCCUAACGCCAACCCGAAACUGGAUCUCCCCAUUUCCCGGUUAUGGCUACUGCAGCAGCCGCUGCCGCUGCCGUUGCCUCUCCUACCGAUUCCAAUUCCAUCAUCAAUCGCCGCAGAAGAAUCCAUUCCCGCCGCUGCUCAUCCAUCCUCCGAUCGAACAAUAUAUCAUGUCCUCCCCUCACCCUCGCCUUGAAGCUUCCCUCCUCCCCCUUCCUUCUCCUCCUCAACUCCAAUCGAUGCCGCCGCCGAUUCGCUCCUCCUCUCAGGGCAGCCUCUUCCCCCUCCUCCUCCUCUUCCUCUUUUCCUCUUGGAGCUAAUCUUGGGCGCCGAAUUGGGGUUCCCGAUGUAGAGAACAACGGCAACGUGGGGUUUCUUGGUCGACUGCGAUCUGGUCUCCUUCUCCUUCGAUACGUCUUUCCUGGCGGAAGUUGGUGGAAGCUCGAGCAAGAAGAAGGAAUGAAGGUGAACGCUGAAGAACAGGAUCGUGGGAAGAAGGGCUUGUCCGUGAUCACUGCACUCCGUCGCAUGUGGGAGCUCGUUGCUAAAGAUAGAUUGGUCAUCUUCCUGGCCUUUGCUUCCCUUCUCUUUGCAGCGCUAUCAGAAGUAUCAAUACCUCAUUUCUUGACGGCAUCUAUUUUUUCUGCCCAAACUCAUGAAAGCAUGAUGUUCUACAGAAAUGCGAGGCUGCUCGUUCUGCUGUGUUUCAUAUCUGGCAUUUGCAGUGGUUUACGAGGUUGCUGUUUUGGCAUUGCAAACAUGAUGUUGGUUAGGCGUAUGAGAGAAAUGCUUUAUGAUUCUCUGCUUUUCCAGGAUGUGUCCUUCUUGGACAAUGAAACGGUUGGUGAUUUAACUAGCAGACUUGGUUCGGACUGUCAGCAAGUAUCUCGUGUCAUUGGGAAUGAUCUUAAUCUAAUAUCACGGAAUCUACUUCAGGCGACAGGUGCACUGAUAUAUUUGUUUAUCUUAUCCUGGCGUCUUACGUUGUCUACAUUGCUGAUAUGUACUGCCUUGUUAACAAUUGUGCUCUUCUAUGGCCGGUACCAGAAGAAAGCAGCAAAGUUAACUCAGGAGCUCACUGCAAGUGCUAAUGAAGUUGCACAAGAGGCAUUAUCUCUGUUCAGGACAGUCCGUGUUUAUGGAACAGAGAAACAAGAAUUUGGAAGGUAUGUGAACUGGCUUGAAAGAUUGUCCGAAGUAAGCUUGCGACAGAGUGUGGCUUAUGGAUAUUGUAGUUUAAGCUUCAAUUUUCUCUAUCAUUCAACACAGGUUAUUGCAGUUCUGGUAGGAGGAAUAUCUAUUCUUUCUGGUCAGAUGACAGCAGAGCAACUAACCAAGUUUAUCCUAUACUCUGAAUGGAUGAUUUAUUCAACUUGGUGGGUGGGAGACAACUGGUCUUCACUAAUGCAGUCCAUCGGAGCAAGUGAAAAAGUUUUUGAGCUGAUGGAUUUGUUGCCAAGCAACCAGUUCCUAUCUGAAGGACUGAAAUUGCAAAAGCUUGUGGGACAUAUUGAUUUUGUGGAUGUAUCAUUUAGUUAUCCUUCGAGAUCAAUGGUACCAGUGCUGAAACAAGUAAAUCUGUCAGUACACCCUAAUGAAGUAGUUGCAAUUGUUGGUCUUAGUGGAAGUGGUAAAAGCACCCUUCUUAAUCUUCUUCUUCGUUUAUUUGAACCAACCAACGGCCAGAUAUUAGUUGAUGGCGUCCCUCUUAGUGAUCUGGAUAUCAAAUGGCUGCGGCAAAAUAUUGGAUAUGUGGGACAAGAACCACGACUUUUCCGUAUGGAUAUUAGUUCAAACAUAAGGUAUGGAUGCCCAAGGGAAGUCGGUCGUGAAGACGUGGAAUGGGCUGCUAAACAAGCAUAUGCUCACGAAUUUAUAUCAGCUCUUCCCAAUGGCUAUGGCACACUCGUCGAUGACACUCUUCUUAGUGGAGGACAAAAGCAGCGGAUUGCUAUUGCCAGGGCUAUUCUCAGAGAUCCAACUAUUUUGAUUCUUGAUGAAGCCACUAGCGCUCUCGAUGCAGAAAGUGAAUAUUAUGUAAAGGAGGUACUUCGUACAAUGCAGAACAGUUCCAGUAAAAAGAGAACCAUUUUUGUAAUAGCACAUAGGCUAUCUACGAUACAAGCUGCUGACAGAAUAAUAGUAAUGGAUGGUGGCAGAAUUGUGGAGAUGGGAAAACAUAUGGAGCUCAUUCAAAGGGAUGGCUUGUAUGCACGGUUGGUUAGGAGACAGGCUGAUGCUUUCGCAUAUUGAUACGACUUCCAGUAUGUUUGCAGACUGAUUGGCUUACUCCAUGGUUUUAUUUGAGUGGAACAGCCAAAGUGAUCUAUGAUACAAAAUUGCCCAAAAACUAUUCAUACCACAAACAAUAGUGAUUCUUUUUUACAAUGUCAGUGAAACAUCAAUGUUAUUAUUCAAGAAAAGUGUUUUUUUUUUUCUUUUGACUUUCUUGUAACAAGAAAUGUUCUCUCCGAAAACAAAGAAAGAAAGAAAGAAAACGAGAUGGCAAGGAAUUUCAUCUUGGUGGCA